ACCUGUAGUAGGCGGUAAUGUUUUCUUGCCGCUGUUCCUUCUCUUCUCUUGAAACCCUAACUCUGAGCUAUAAUAAAGAACCCUAACCUAAAAAAUAAGACCAAUAAGUGCUUACAUUUUGUUUUAUUACGAGCCAUAUUUACUUUGUCGCAGCUUAUUUUAUUGGCGGGGAUGCGUAGUUGUUACCACUGAGGUAUAAUAAGAACGGUGACGUUAGCUACCUGUUAGCUGGCAGUGAAAGCAGCGUGGGAGCUGGGUCGAGUAAAUGCUACCGAGCAAGCUAAUGGCACUAACGUUUCAGGGGAAUGUCUACUAAAUAAAUAUUCCGACUCGUUAACUCUUCAGGCUAUCGAUAGCUAUAUCGUCUUUUCGUUUGUCUUGCCUGCACAGACAUCUAGCUAUCCGUUUCUGUUCAGACAGAGUUAAAUAGGCAGUUUUGGGAAAACGAAGUUAGCCAGCCACGUCACAGAAGUGCAGUGUUGUUGACCGCUCCGGACCGACCCAAAAUAGAGUUCUCUCUGCCGUCCUCCAUCAGUUUCCGAGGAUGGUUCUGCUAAGGAGUGUCUCCCGACCCAGCGAGGGAGUCCGGCAUGAACAAGGCGAGACGACGGCGGUGUUGGACGGGAAGGGUCUCGGCGCAGGGACUCUCUACGUUGCUGAAACGCGGUUGUCGUGGUUUGACGGGUCAGGGAUGGGCUUCUCUCUGGAGUACCCCACUAUCAGCCUUCACGCCAUCUCACGAGACCUCAGCGCCUACCCACAGGAACAUCUAUACGUCAUGGUCAACGCAAAACUCAACGAUGAGAUGCAGGAGAAUGCCCGUGAUGAGGAGGAUGAGGAUAAGAGCAGUGAGGAAGAUGCGUGUGAGGGUAUCACAGAGAUCCGCUUCGUCCCUAGCGACAAAGCAGCAUUGGAGUCUAUGUUUUCAGCGAUGUGUGAGUGUCAGGCCUUGCACCCAGACCCAGAUGACGAAGACUCCAACGGGGAUUUUGAUGGAGAUGAGUACGAUGUGGAGGAGGCAGAGGCAGAGCAUGGUCAGGGUGAUAUCCCAUCAUUCUGUACAUAUGAGGAGGGUGUGUCGGGGGUGAGGGCUGAAGGCCAGGCCACUCUACAGAGACUGGAGGGCAUGUUAGCUCAGUCUGUCGCAAACACCUUUCACAUGGCUGGGGUCCGCACUGAUGAGACCAAUGGAGAGUUUGACGAUGGGAUGGAGGUGGAUGCAGGGUCGACGGUGGCCGGACAGUUUGAAGAUGCAGACGUAGACCACUAAUGGAACUCAACUCAGCCAGUCAAAGCACUUGUGGUACAUUGUGGGAUAGGAGAAUACAACCUCUCCAAUUCCUGUCCCCAAGGCAUCAUUUUCUGUUCAUCUCCACACACAUAUAUUCCUCUCGUGUUUUGUACCUGAAGACCAGUUGUACUGAGUUUUCCCCAACAGCGGUGUUGUCUUUGUAUGAAAUCUCUUCAAUAAAUAAAUUGUUUUUGUAUGAAUAA